AAAUGGAAACAAAAAUAAAGGUUGAUAAUCCUGUAGUAGAGAUGGAUGGAGAUGAAAUGACAAGAGUAAAAAGAAAAUAUAAUAUUAGGUUAUUUGGGCUUGGAUUAAAGAAUAUUUGAUUACACCAUUUUUGGAUAUUCCAAUAUAAUAUUUUGAUUUAGGUAUGGAGAAUAGAGAUAAGACUGAUGAUAAGGUAACAAUUGAAUGUGCAAAAGCAAUUUAAUAAUGUAAAGUAGGAAUAAAAUGUGCUACAAUGUAUAAGAAUAAAAUAAUAAUAUUAGUACUCCUGAUGAGGCAAGAGUGAAAGAAUUCAAUUUGAAAUAUAUGUGGAAAUCUCCUAAUGGAACAAUUAGAAAUAUAUUAAAUGGAACAGUGUUUAGAGAACCAAUAUUGAUAAAGAAUAUUCCUAGACUUGUUCCAGGAUGGACAAAGCCAAUAGUGAUAGGUCGUCAUGCAUUUGGAGAUUAAUAUAAAGCAACAGAUCUUCGUUUUUAGAAGGAAGGAAAGUUUGAAGUAUUAUUUACACCAAAAGAUGGAAGUGAACCUUAGAGAGUAGAAGUAUUUGAUUUCUAAGGUACAGGAGGUGUAGCAAUGGCUAUGUAUAAUACAGAUGAUUCAAUUACAGCAUUUGCUCAUGCUUGUUUUUAACAUGCUAUUGAAUUAGGAUAUCCAUUAUAUUUAUCAACAAAAAAUACUAUAUUAAAAGUAUAUGAUGGAAGAUUUAAGGAUAUCUUUUAACAUUUAUAUGAUACAAAAUAUAAAGCUGAUUUUGAAGCUAAAAAGAUUUGGUAUGAACAUAGAUUGAUUGAUGAUAUGGUUGCAUAUAUGAUAAAAAGUGAAGGAGGAUUUGUAUGGGCUUGUAAGAAUUAUGAUGGAGAUGUAUAAUCUGAUACUCUUGCAUAAGGAUUUGGAUCUCUUGGAUUAAUGACUAGUGUAUUAGUUAGUCCAGAUGGAUGUGUUGAAGCUGAAGCAGCUCAUGGAACUGUUACUAGACAUUAUAGAUUACAUUAAUAAGGAAAAGAAACAUCUACUAAUUCUAUUGCUAGUAUAUAUGCUUGGACUAGAGGAUUAUUACAUAGAGCUAAAUUAGAUAAUAAUAAAGAACUAGAAAGAUUCUGUAAUACUCUUGAAGCUAGUAUUAUUGAAUCUGUAGAAAAAGGAUUUAUGACUAAAGAUUUAGCUAUUUGUGUUCAUAAUACUAUGAAGUAUUAAUAAUCAUUUAUCUUUUUAGUGUACCAAGAGAUUAAUAUUUGAAUACUCUAGAAUUCAUUUAAAAAGUAGCUGAAACUUUAAGAACUAAUCUAGCUAAAUGAGUUUAUUCAUAAUCAUAAUAAUAAAAAUAAAUUAUCAACC